AUGCUGCAGCCUAGGCAAGAUAACCAACCAACCAACACAGCCGCCAUGUCUGCUGCUGCGUGUGUGUUUGCCCUUCUCCUCGCAUGCCCUGCCUCCCUCGUGAGCGUGUCAGCUCAGGACCUCAGUGCCGUCCAGCAGAACUAUAAAGGGGCCUUCGAUGGCAAAGUAAGCACAGAUCUGGCUCAUCAUGGGCAACCGCAACCAACACGCGGCACAAGAGAUGCACGCACUGGUAUGUGCUUCCUUUCAUCAGCUGCAGUUUGGCUCUUCCCCCUGCCUGCUUGUGGUCGACCUCGUCAACGCAUACCUGUAACUUGCACUCUCUCUCUUCCCCUCUCUCGGUGUCACUCACUCCCCGUCUGCCUGUCUGUCUGUCUGUUUACGUCCGUGCAGUCGAGAGGGUUCGCCUUUGUAUGCGGCAGAGGGCGGCAAACAGGCCCUAGCAGGCACAGAGCGGCUGCUGACAUCGGCCAGGCAGCUGGGCAUCCCCGUCGUCUUCACGGCCGUCAAGUACGCCAAGAAGGCAAACGGCAAAGACGCUGGCGUCUGGUGGCGCAAGGUGCCCGCACUAUCGGCUUUCGUCGAAGGACAGGUGGGCACACACACACACGCAUUUCUUAUUAGAUGGAUACCAGAUUAGAUACCAGAUUAGAUGGACACGACCACGAUUGUCCUAUUUAGAGUAGAUGUGAGCUUUCUUUUUGAAUGCGUGUGUGCAGGAGCUGGCCGAGUUCCCGCCCUCCCUCACUCCGCUGCCGAGUGAGGUCGUGUUGACCAAGCAGUACGCCUCGAGCUACUUCGGGACGUCGCUGGCCAGCAUGCUCACCGCCAUGAAGGUCGACACGGUCGUCAUCGCAGGCGUCAGCACCUCUGGAUGGUCAGUCAGCCAGCCAGGCGGGCAGGCAGCCGACAUGGCUCAGACAGACCAAGCUUGCACCCCUCCCUCUGUGUCGGUCUAUGUGUCUUUGUAGCAUCCGUGCGACAGCGCUCGACACUCUUCAGAGCGGCUUUGUUCCAGUGGUGGUGCGUGAUGCGGUCGGCGACCGGCGCCCAGAGGUGCACGAGGCCAAUCUGUUCGACAUACAGGCCAAGUACGGGGAGGUUCGCAUGGCUGAUCAAGUGCUGGCGUACUUCGAACAGGUGGCCGGCACCAAGAAGGCGCCGCCCACACGAGCAGAGGAGCUGUGAGCGGCCGACGUGGUAUGAGCGGUGACUACACGCCAUGUAUGUAUGUGCAUGUGUGAGGAAUACAUUUAUGUCCGCGCUGCGUUGAUGAGAGCGAAUCGAGCAGAGUGGCGAAUCAGUCAGAGAGUGCAUAGAGAGUGCAUGGCCUGAGUGAGGGGGAAGACGUUUGUCCUGCCUAUGAGUGCGAGUCAGUGAUAGUGCUUCGAAGACAGGUCACAGGCAAGCAUUUGGAGGAGAGAGGAUGCAUGUACAUGUAUUCAUCUGUGAGUGAGUCAUAAGACAGAUGCCCUUUUUCUGGCCAUUGUCUGUCGGCCAACUUUAUUAGUACAUCUCGAACAGCGUGUUUUGAGUGGCUCUGCGUUUGUCGUAACGGCCCCUACGACUUACAGCCACCCACAUGCGCAUAUGAAUCAUCA